AUGUACUCUAUGUGCUCUACUCCUCCAAGUACACCUGCUUCUGUCAGUUCUGUAACGGCAGCGGGGAUUUCUCCUUCAGGCGAGAGCAGCGUGGCUGCAACUUCCAAACUGCGUGGGAUAUACCCGGAGAGAGACCGUUCCAAAUUGUCCCCUCUGUCCCCAAAUUACUGCCCGCCUAUCAAUGGCGAUUCGAUGUACCGUUUCACACUGGUUCCCACAAAAAGUGCAACGCCACUCAGUGGACACAUAAUCUCCUUGUGGAUGGACGGACGGACAGCAACAGCCACUGGAACCGAAUCUUUAACCCAAUAUCAUCAUAGAAAAGGUUAUUAUUAUCCCGGCUGCACUGACUGUACAUGUACACACAUGGACUUAUCGCAGCGAUUCAAUAUGGUACCGGUCAACGAAGCGAGAGAAAAAAAUCGGGCUCAAUCUUGUCCCCCCACGCCGUCUGUCUGCCUGAUAUGA